GGACGUUCCGGAAGCUUAAGAGGCCCAGCGCAUGUUAGACCUGGAGCCUAAACCUGGUGGACUGGGUGCUUAGCGACAGGGGAGGGGCCCCGUAACGGGGUGUCUAGGCAGGGGGCAGCACAGGAACUGUGGAUGCUUAACAGCCCAGGGCAAUGUGGCUGGAGCUAGGUGCCAUGCUGCUCAGGACCUGUGGACCGCUGGGCAGGGCUGUUCGUCUGCCCUGUGGGGGGGCUCUGGGACCUAGGCCCCACUGGUGGGGGCCAUGUAGGAGUUGCUUGGUCCAAAGUGUUCAUCAAGACCAGCAUGGAAGAGGCCUUAGUGAAGAUGACAUUCGCAGGGCACGGGAGGCCCGGCUCAGGAAGGCACCCCGGCCACAGCUGAGUGAUCGCUCUCGUGAACGCAAGGUGCCUGCCUCCCGCAUCAGUCGCUUGGCCAGCUUUGGGGGGCUGGCUGUGGGCUUGGGCCUGGGAGCGCUGGCUGAGGUGACCAAGAAGUCCUUGCCAGGUGGAAGUCUGCAGCAUGAGGGCGAUUCUGGAUUGGGCUCCAGUUCUUUCCUCUCCGAGGCCAAUGCGGAGAGGAUUGUGCAGACCUUAUGUACCGUCCGGGGGGCUGCCCUCAAGAUCGGCCAGAUGCUCAGCAUCCAGGACAACAGCUUUAUCAGCCCCCAGCUUCAGCGAAUCUUCGAGAGGGUCCGACAGAGUGCCGACUUUAUGCCCCGCUGGCAGAUGAUGAGAGUUCUAGAAGAGGAGCUAGGCAAGGACUGGCAAGACAAGGUGGCCUCCCUCGAGGAAGUGCCCUUUGCUGCUGCCUCCAUUGGGCAGGUACACCAAGGCAUGCUAAAGGAUGGUACUGAGGUAGCUGUGAAGAUACAGUACCCAGGUGUUGCCCAGAGCAUCCAGAGUGACGUGGAGAACCUGUUGGCCUUGCUCAAAAUGAGUGUGGGCCUGCCAGAGGGCCUGUUUGCUGAGCAGAGCCUGCAGACCUUGCAGCAAGAGCUGGCUUGGGAAUGUGACUACCGCAGAGAAGCGGCCUGUGCCCAGACCUUCAGGAAGCUCUUGGCUGACGACCCCUUCUUCCGAGUGCCAGCUGUGGUGCAGGAGCUAUGCACUACACGGGUGCUGGGCAUGGAGCUGGCUGGGGGAAUCCCUCUAGACCAGUGCCAGGGCCUGAGCCAGGACAUCCGGAAUCAGAUUUGCUUCCAGCUCCUGAGGUUGUGUCUGCGGGAACUGUUUGAGUUCAGAUUCAUGCAGACUGAUCCCAACUGGGCCAACUUCCUGUAUGAUACCUCCAGCCACCAGGUGACUCUACUGGAUUUCGGUGCAAGCCGGGCCUUUGGGACAGAGUUCACGGACCAUUAUAUUGAGGUGGUGAAGGCUGCAGCAGAUGGAGACAGGGAUCGAGUUCUACAGAAAUCCCAGGACCUCAAGUUCCUUACAGGCUUUGAAACCAAGGCAUUCUCUGACGCCCACGUCGAGGCAGUGAUGAUCCUGGGGGAGCCCUUUGCUGCCUCAGGCCCCUACGACUUUGGGGCUGGAGAGACUGCUCGCCGAAUACAGGGCCUCAUCCCGGUGUUGCUUCGGCACCGGCUGCGCCCACCGCCUGAGGAGACCUAUGCUCUACACCGCAAGCUAGCUGGGGCUUUCUUAGCCUGUGCACGUCUCCACGCCCACAUCGCCUGCCGGGACCUCUUCCAAGAUACCUACCACCGCUACUGGGCCAGUCGCCAGACUCUGCCACUGCCAGCAGCCUCCUGACUAGGGAUCUCCCUGCCGACCCCACCAUGACAGAUUCCAUCCAGGGAUACCAGCCCCACAGCGGGCGGUCCCCUCCUCGGUCCUGGUCCCCAGAACCUAGUUUCUUGCCUUGGAUCUUUGAGCCCCUGGAGUUAGCACCCUGAUCCUGUGAGCAACCUUGAAUUCUGAGGGUAGGAGUCAGCAGAAUCCUGCCACCAUCUAAGUGAGCCUUGGGUUCACUCUCAUGUGAAGGAGGCGCCCCUCGGCCCCAGGUCUUCCAGGGUCCGCAGGCGAAAAGGGAGAUGGUGGCUGUUGGAGGCGGUCUUCACCUUUGCCUCCCUUGCUCCUCUACCAGCUGCCUUCUUCCCGGGUUCCAGCCUGUGUAUUGGAGGAUGGGGGUGGGUGCUGAUCCUUCCCUCCGAAUAAAGGCACCCUUUCCCUGC